CAUGAAAUUCUGUGAGUUUCAGUUGGCGGUUGUGAGUCGACGCGAACGGACAUAUUAUUUUUCAGAAUCCCAUAAAGGUGAAACAGUUUUUAGAAAACCUACUACUAUAUUCGGACAUAAAGUGCUGUGUCGUGCGUGCCUCCAGAACAAAAACUUUAUUUAAAUUCAAAUCACUCCAUCGUCCGCCACGGUUUUGGACUGGCAAAUUAUUUGUAUUUUGUGAAAGAUUAUCUCAAAUGCUAAUGAACACGCUGAAAUCGCCAUAAAAGUCUAAGCAAUUUCAAAACAAAAUAUAAAAUUAGUCACCCUUUGGCUUGUUUAUGCAUCAUAAAUAAAAAAAGGAAUAAAGGGCAAACAUGCGUUUAAAUCUGUCUGAAUUCUGUUGGGCAAUAUCGCUGUUCGUACUAGCCCAGUGCACAGGAGUUGAAAAAAAACCAUGGAAAUGUAACAACUCUAACCUAUGUCAGCUAGAUCUUAAUGAUGAAUCAAAUACUCCCAGAUUUGAAAGCCAAAAGGAUUGUAGAAUGUCAUGUGGGAAGUAUGGUGCAAUUUGGCCAAUGCCUACUCAGGAAUGUAAUAUUGCACAUGACCGAGUUUAUUUCGAUCCAUUGAAAGUAAGAUUUCACGUCGUUGCUCCAAAUUCACAUACAUCGCAAUUCAUUCGUGAAGCAAAUCGCAUAUUUGUGAGUAACGCAUUAAAAGAAUGUAUUCGCAAUUGUACAUUGGCCCAAAGUAAGGAGAUAUUAGUCAAAAGCACCGUUAACUCUACCAGUUUAGAUCUGGACUGGGAGACAGAUGAAUCAUACACACUUACUUUGAGAACCACAGAAAUGGCAACUUUUGUGGAUAUUAGGGCUGCGACGGUUUUUGGAGCAAGACAUGGAUUAGAGACAUUGAGCAACUUAAUAACUGGUGGAUUGGGAAAUGGUUUAAUAAUGGUUGCUGGAGCUCGAAUUCGUGACCGACCAAUGUUUCCACAUCGUGGCUUAUUACUUGAUUGCUCGAGAAAUUACAUUCCUGUGAGAUUUAUAAAAACUACUUUAGAUGCGAUGGCUACAUCUAAGCUCAAUGUCUUUCAUUGGCAUGUUUCAGACUCUCAAAGUUUUCCGUUGGAGAUAACAAGAAUUCCUGAAUUGCAAAGAUUUGGAGCUUACACACCUGAGCACGUGUACACCCGCACUGACACUCAAAACCUCAUAAAGUAUGCCAAAAUUCGUGGAAUACGAGUGCUAGUCGAACUUGACGGACCAUCACAUGCUGGCAUGGGAUGGCAGUGGGGUCCCAUGGCAGGCUUAGGUAAUCUAACAGUCUGCAUGAACAAACAACCAUGGCGUUCUUUUUGUUAUCAGCCACCAUGUGGUCAACUUAACCCAGUCAAUGAUAACUUAUAUGGUCUGCUGAAAGAAGUUUUUGAAGAUAUUGCAGAAUUUAGCUCACCGGAAGAAACAAUUCACAUGGGAGGAGAUGAAGUUUUUAUACCAUGUUGGAAUGAAACUCAGGAAAUUGUGGAUAAGAUGAUGAAAACCGGUUAUGACAGAAGUACUCUUAGUUUUCUGAAACUAUGGGCUGAAUUUCAUGCAAAAAAUCUUGAAUCUUGGGAUGAUGUGAAUCAGAGACUUCAUCCAAAUCUUCAAGUUCCAAAAUCAGUUAUAAUAUGGUCAAGUCAUUUGACAGAUCCUUCGCUUAUAGCUGGAUUUUUGCCAAAAGAACGAUAUGUCAUUCAAACGUGGGUUGACUCGACGACGACGUUAAAUAAAGAUCUUCUAUCUAUGGGGUAUCGUAUUAUUGUCUCGACAAAAGAUGCUUGGUAUCUUGAUCAUGGAUUUUGGGGAAGAACAAAUUACUAUAACUGGCAAAAAGUCUAUGGCAAUCAAUUGGUGAGAGAACAGAAUAUGCUAGGCGGUGAAGUGUGCAUGUGGAGUGAAUAUGUUGAUGAGAAUUCUUUAGACAGUCGCGUUUGGCCUAGGGCUGGAGCAGCAGCAGAAAGACUUUGGUCAAAUCCAAAGAUAUCGGCAAUGUUGGUGGAACCAAGAUUUUAUCGCUACAGAGAUAGGUUAAUUGCACGGGGUGUAAGACCGGAUGCAGUAGCACCCAAGUGGUGUGUUCUUCGUGAAGGUAACUGUUACUAAGAGAAAGUUACAUUUUGUAAGCACUGACAAAGACUAAAGUUAAUUAACUUUUAAAGUUUGUACUUGGUUAACAAUUAAUAUUUAAAAAUUAAGAUUAAAAAUCAUUAGAAAUACAUUUUCUAUUUUUAUCAAUUAAAA